UUCUUUUGAACAAUAUAAAGAGCUUUAUGAAAAGAGUAUUACCGAUCCUACUAAAUUUUGGGGUGAUCUCGCCAAUGAACUUCUUACCUGGGAUACUCCUUUCCAAACCGUUCAAUCAGGAUGUUUCGAACAUGGCGAUGUCGCGUGGUUCCGUGAAG